AUGGAUUCCCUGGGCGAUAUUAUCCGCAAUGCCAAUGAGGUAUUGGGAUUCAAUCUGUCAACCCUGAAAGAAUUGGGGAAAAUGAAGCAAGAGACAUUGGAGAAGAAGUUGCUCAAUUUGCCCCCCGGGAUUCUUAACAUCAGAAGCGUCGCCUCCAUCUAUAUGGCAUGGCUGGCUGAACAGAUUGCAAAUGCGACUUCCUGGGAUGAUCCAAGUCCCGUCUGGAAAAUUUGCGGUUAUCUCCAGAACAAAUACUGCAGUGGUGUCCUCGCACUGCAGGUUUGGAAUGAAAUGCUCCUAGAAGCUCGCAUGGAGCAUAACAUGGAGGACCCAUGGACCACCAGAAUCCACCUACGAGGUCCUCUCGUUGAGAAGAUAAUCAUCCAGCUUCUUGUCCCGGAUUUUAGUCAACGAUAUCCCGUCUUCAAUAAAGGGAAAGCUAUAAAAGGAAACGCCAAUAAAGUACCGCUAGGACGCAGCAGGUUCAAGGUGCCUCCCCAGGAUCCCUUUCGAUCAACAGUGAAGAUGGAGGAGACAACAGGACCAAAAGUGAAUGCGGAGGAGAGACCCCAACAACCUGGCUAUCUUUGCCUCACGUGCAGUUGCGUUCAUCAUCAUAGCUAUAUCUGCCCGAAUAGCAACACCAAGGCCUCGCAAGAGCUGCCUAUAAAGGAAGAGCAGCCCGAGAAUAUCCUUGGCGCCGGAAACGCCUCUGCUGGACAGCGAUCGGCUUUGACAAGACAGGUGUCUCCCGAGACACCCUACCACACCUUUCGCUACGAUAACAGCGAGGAUUCCGAGAAGGAAGAUGCCCAUGCUGGACAGCCAUCGGCUUUGGAGGGACGCGCCUCUCUUGAUUCUCAGGGUCGUGACAUUCUUCCCACUACUACUGCGUACGAUACCUUCCGUGACGGCGUCUACCCGUACGAUUACUCUCGACCCGUGGAAUCGAACAGCGGCGGCUCUCUUGAAUCGCCUUACCAUACCUUCCGUGAGGGUGUCUACCCUUACAGUGGCUCUCGCCCCGAGCCUAGCACGGCUCCGAACAGCGGCGACUUUGCUGAAUUGCCAAACCAAACCGUUCGUGAGGAGACAGGCAAUAACCGCACUAUCAUAUUGAAGGAGUCAGGGGCAACUGAGGGGAGACUUACUCCAUGGAGCGAAGACGAUUCGGUCAAGGAUCAGAAAGCCAAUGCCACCCAGGAUCAGACAGCCAAUGCCACCCAGGAUCAGACUGUCAAUGCCGCCCAGGAUCAGACUAUCAAUGCCACCCAAGAUCAAACUGUCAAUGCCACGGGGCGAAAGGAAACCGAAGCCGAGAAAAAAAACAGGAUCGCGUACGAAGAGGCAGAUGCCUUCCUCGCCGAGCUUGGGAUGGAGCUAAUGCUUGCUUCGAAUGCCAAGCAGCCCGAGGCUGGACCCAGCCGUGUUCCUGGUGCCAAGCCCCCACGGAAGAAGCAGAAGAAGCAGCCCCGUGUGAGUGAGUUGGCUGCAGAGCCAAAGGCGUCGCUGCAGUCGCAACAGAUCCCCAAGCCACUUGUCCGGGACCCCCCCUAUCAUCCCGCUGUGGUCGCCCUGUUUCAGAACCGGGAGAAUGUCUAUGUCAACCAGGUUAAGCGAACAACCGCAGCCGACAUGUGGGACAAAUCAACAGAGAGCAAGGACGGACAGGAGAAGAAAGAUGGGAAUUAG